AUGCUCGAAAAGCUCGGCACUCUCUCGACGCAGGCGCUCGUCGACGGCCUCUGGGUCAUGGGCUGGCCUCCGGCGAUGGUGGAGGGUGCGCGCGGGCUGAAGCCGGGCCAAAAGUGCAAGGGCCGCGCGAUCACGCUGCGCAUGGUCCCGCAGCGGCCCGACAUCGCCGCCGACAAGCCGGCGGGCGAGAUUUCGCCCGAGUACGAGGCCUUCGAGCUGUGUGGCCCGAAGGAGGUGCUCUGCAUCUCGUCAGUCGGGCCGUGGGAGUCGGUGGGCGGCGACAUCAAGUUCCUGCGGCUAAAGCAGCUCGGCCUAGGCGGGCUCGUCACCGACGGAUCCGUCCGUGACACCGACGAGAUCCUGUCGUACGGCUUCCCUUGCUUCUCGCACUCGACGACCGCCAAGCAGGGCCCGGCGGCGAUGCAGCCGUGGGAGUGCAACGGCGUGAUCGAGCUGGGGCAGACCAACCCGGUCGUGGUCCGCCCGGGCGACGCCAUCAUCGGCGACCAGGACGGCGUGGUCGUCGUGCCCGCGGCGGCGGCCGAGAAGGUGUACGAGAUUGCACACUUCCGCGAGACGGUCGAGGGCAUCAUCAAGGAGGAGCUGGUCAAGAACCCGGGACCACCGGGCAAGUACUACCCCUUCAAGCCGCCCAUCAAGCCCGAGUCGCCGCUCGGCAAGCUGCUCGACUCCAAGGGCAUCAAGUACUAG